AUGCAGCCCAGCGGGGGGCCCUCCGGCAGCUCCCCGGGGCUCGCCGGCGUCGUCGCCGCACCCGGACCAGCAGCAGCAGCAGCCGCCGACCCCGGCGUCCGCCCAGCAGCUAGGGAAUCCGACCCCUUCGAUCGUUUUCGUUUUCUCGGCUUGCAGUCGAUAUGCCCCUCUAGUAUGGGUUUUGUUGUUUCUGGUUCUGGUGAUGCAGCAAGCCUUCCAAUCUGGUGCGCCGCAUGCCAUGAUGGGACCAGGGGGCGUGAGCUUCCCUCAGUCAACCGGUCCAGUGUCACCGUUCCAGGGUCAGAGGAACCUGCCAAUGUCAGGUGGACCGCAGGGCAUGGUUGGAGGUCAGGUGCACAACCAGGUUGCAAUGCAGCAACAGUUCCUGAAGCUUGCGAUGCAGCAGCAGCAGCAGAAGGCAGCCCAGGGAUGCUCCUCCAGCAGCAGGCCAAAAUGAAUAUGGCGGGUUCAUCCUCAAGAGAUCAGGACAUGCUUAACAACCCCACCAAGAUGCAGGAGCUUAUGGCCCUUCACCAGGCCCAGGCCCAGGCUCAGGCCCAGAUGUAUAAGCGGCAGUGUGAGCAGAAAGAGCAGGGGCAAUCAAGCAGUAGUGAGCAAAGAAGUGGUGAUAUGAGGCCUCCUAUGCCUCCUCAAGGAGUCCCUGGACAGCAGUUGCCACCAAUGGGUAUGAUCAGGCCCAUGCAGCCAAUGCAAGGCCAGAACAACAGGAUGGCAGCCAUGCAGAAGCAGAACGAGGCAAACAUGGCUGCGCAGCAGCAGCAAGCAAUGCCCUCUCAGGUGAACAGUGAUACCCCAGGGCAUGGUAACGCUCCAAGCCAGGGUGCCCUACUGAAGCCCCGGCAACCCCUUCCUCCGAGCUCAGUUUCUGGUGGGGAAGAGGCUAAGGUGGUGAAUUCGAGCAACUUGCAGUUGCAACAGCAGUUAUCUGUGCACAACAGGGAUGGUUCAAAUGAAAGGGCUGUGAGGUCACCUAUGACAGGGGGCAAUGGUGCGCAAACGAUGCAUAUCCCCCAAAGUUCUGGACAUGUGAGUAAGGUUCCUGAGCAAUCCAAUCCAAAAAAUGUGCUUGCAAAUUCAGAUGCAAUGCAGAUGCAGCAUGUCAGACAGAUGCAACAGCUUAACCAGGUUGCUGCACCCACAUCUACCCCUGGUGAAGCAGGAGGAUCACAGGUCUCAACUCCAAGUGCUCGGCCACAAACAGGGCAAACGGGUUUCACCAAAAAUCAACUUCAUGUACUCAAGGCUCAGAUAUUAGCUUUCCGGCGUUUAAAGCGUGGUGAUCGACUCCCGCCUGAAGUUCUUGAAUUAAUUGUAUCUGGUCGCCCUCCUGAUUCACAAGGAGGACCGCAGCAAGUUUCAGGACCCCAGGCAACAAAUAAUCGUGAAAAGCCUGGUGUAAGCAAUGCUGAUGAACAUGGAAGGCAGAUGGAGAGUGGUGACAAAGCUCCCGAAAAACCUGCAUUGUUGAAGGGACCCUGUUUACCAAAGGUGGAGGUUUCUGCUUCAGAAGACAAAUCUAGUCCUGCCAGUGGUCCUGGUCCCAUGCAAGUGAUGAAAGCUUCACCAAAAGAGCCUCUUAAAAUUGGACCAGUUUCUGUACCAGAGCAUAGUAACACUACUGUGAUUAAAUCUGAGCAGGAUCUGGAACGGAGUAUCCAGAGAACACCUGGGAGAAGUGAUUACAAUGCUGAGAGGGGUAAAUCUGUACCAGCAGAAAGUGGUUCAGCGGAUGCUGAGCAGGCAAAAAGGACUGGCUCCACAAGCAGUGCCCCAGCUCCAAGAGAUGUUCCCAGAAAAUACCAUGGCCCAUUAUUCGAUUUCCCGUCCUUCACUAGGAGACACGAUUCGAUGGGACCUGCAAAUUACAACAGCAAUCUGUCACUAGGUUAUGAUGUGAAAGAUUUAUUAGCUCAGGAGGGGAUGAUAGUUCUUGGUAAGAAACGUGAGGAUAACUUAAAAAAGAUAAGCGGUUUGCUUGCAAUUAAUCUAGAGAGGAAAAGAAUCCGACCUGAUCUUGUCUUGAGGCUACAGAUUGAAGAAAAGAAACUCAAACUCCUAGAGCAUCAGGCUCGUCUAAGGGAUGAAGUUGAGCAUGAACAACAAGAAAUUAUGGCAAUGCCAGAUAGGAUAUACAGAAAAUUUGUCAGACAAUGCGAACGCCAACGUGUUGAGCUUGUAAGGCAAGUUCAGCAGAUGCAGAGAGCUUCAAGAGAAAAGCAGCUGAAAUCCAUUUUCCAGUGGCGCAAGAAGCUUUUGGAGGCACAUUGGGCCAUUCGUGAUGCUCGAAUAACUCAGAAUCGAGGGGUGGCCAAGUACCAUGAAAGGAUGUUGAGAGAAUUCUCAAAGAAGAAAGAUGAUGAUCGGAACAAAAGAAUGGAGGCAUUGAAAAACAAUGAUGUGGAAAGAUACCGUCAAAUAUUGUUGGAACAGCAGACUAGUGUUCCUGGGGAUGCAGCUCAAAGAUACAAUGUCCUAUCUUCUUUCUUGACCCAGACUGAAGAGUACCUUUAUAAACUAGGAGGAAAAAUAACUGCUGCCAAGAGUCAGCAACAAGUAGAAGAGGCAGCAAAUGCUGCUGCAGCAGCUGCACGGGCACAGGGCCUGUCUGAGGAAGAAGUGAAGGCUGCUGCACAAUGUGCUGGUCAGGAGGUUAUGAUAAGGAACACAUUCUCUGAGAUGAAUGCGCCAAGGGAUAAUACAUCUGUUAACAAGUACUAUAGUUUAGCCCAUGCUGUAAGUGAGAGAGUUACGAAGCAGCCGUCACUGUUGCGAGCAGGAACUUUAAGGGACUACCAACUGGUGGGCCUACAGUGGAUGCUUUCUUUGUACAAUAAUAAGUUGAAUGGCAUUUUGGCUGAUGAGAUGGGUCUUGGCAAGACUGUACAGGUCAUGGCAUUGAUUGCGUACCUGAUGGAAUUUAAAGGGAAUUAUGGCCCUCAUCUCAUAAUAGUGCCAAAUGCUGUCUUGGUCAAUUGGAAGAGCGAACUGCUAAAUUGGUUACCAUCUGCAUCUUGCAUCUUUUAUGUUGGUGCAAAGGACCAAAGGCAGAAGUUAUUCUCUCAAGAGGUUAUGGCCAUGAAAUUUAAUGUUCUUGUAACAACAUAUGAAUUUGUUAUGUUUGAUCGUUCCAAGCUUUCAAGGGUUGAUUGGAAGUACAUUAUAAUCGACGAGGCACAGCGGAUGAAGGACAGAGACUCCGUCCUGGCACGUGAUCUUGAUCGCUAUCGCUGCCAGCGGCGCCUCCUUCUCACCGGUACUCCUCUACAGAAUGAUCUCAAGGAGCUUUGGUCCCUCUUGAAUUUGUUGCUUCCAGAAGUAUUUGACAGUAGCAAGGCAUUUUCAGAUUGGUUCUCUAAGCCUUUUCAGAGGGAUGGUACUACACAUAGUGAAGAAGAAGAUGAUUGGCUUGAGACAGAGAAGAAAGAUUCCAUUGUUUUGAGAUGCAGAAUGUCUGCCGUUCAAGGAGCUAUAUAUGAUUGGAUCAAGUCUACUGGUACCAUUAGAGUUGAUCCUGAAGAUGAGAAAAGGCGUGCACAACGGAAUCCCAUGUACCAGGUCAAGACUUACAAGAAUCUCAACAACAAGUGCAUGGAGCUAAGGAAAGUUUGUAAUCAUCCUCUGCUGACAUAUCCAUUCUUAAAUCAUGGGAAAGAUUUUAUGAUCAGAUCUUGUGGGAAGUUGUGGAAUCUUGAUAGAAUUUUAAUUAAGCUUCACAAGGCAGGUCAUCGCGUACUCCUUUUUAGCACCAUGACAAAGCUUCUUGACAUCAUGGAGGACUAUUUGCAGUGGAGACGACUUGUUUAUAGGCGAAUUGAUGGAACAACAAGCUUGGAAGAUCGAGAGUCGGCAAUUGUUGACUUCAACAGGCCUGGUUCUGAUUGUUUUAUAUUCUUGCUUAGUAUUCGUGCUGCUGGUAGGGGUCUGAAUCUUCAGAGUGCAGACACUGUUGUAAUAUAUGAUCCUGAUCCAAAUCCACAAAAUGAGGAGCAAGCAGUUGCUAGGGCCCAUCGUAUAGGGCAGACUAGGGAGGUAAAGGUUAUUUACAUGGAAGCUGUUGUUGAUAACAUAUCAAGUUAUCAGAAAGAGGAUGAAUUGAGAAAUGGAGGGAGUGCAGAUUUGGAGGAUGAUCUUGCUGGAAAAGACAGAUACAUGGGAUCAAUUGAAAGUCUCAUCCGCAACAAUAUCCAACAAUACAAAAUUGAUAUGGCAGAUGAGGUCAUUAAUGCUGGUCGUUUUGAUCAAAGAACAACCCAUGAGGAAAGGCGGAUGACUCUGGAGACACUCCUGCAUGAUGAAGAGAGAUAUCAAGAUUCUCUUCAUGAUGUUCCUUCAUUACAGGAAGUAAACCGUAUGAUUGCUAGGACUGAAAGUGAAGUCGAGCUUUUUGAUCAGAUGGAUGAAGACUUUGAUUGGACAGGUGAUAUGACAAAGCAUCAUCAGGUUCCAAAGUGGCUUCGUGUUAACUCCACUGAAGUAGAUGCUGUGGUGGCGAGUCUGUCCAAAAAGCCGUCAAGAAAUAUGUCAUCUGGGGGAAUUGCUUUAGACACUAAUGAUACACCUGAGAAAAGAAGGGGACGGCCAAAGGGUACUGGCAAGUACUCCAUCUACAGGGAGAUCGAUGAUGAAGAUCUUGAAGAAUCUGAUGAAGAUUCUGAGGAGAGGAAUACUGCAUCCCUACCUGAAGAAGGGGAAGUAGGGGAAUUCGAAGAUGAAGAGGACAAUGAUGAUUCGAUACCUGAUAACAAGGAUGAAUCAGAGGAAGAAGAGCCUGUGAAUGAUGAUGUAUAUGAAUUUACUGAAGGACUAAGAAGCAGAAAAGCUAAUAGGAUGGAAGAAGCAGGUUCAACAGGCUCUUCUUCUGGAAGCAGGAGAUUACCACCACCUGUACCUUCCUCAUCUUCUAAAAAAUUGCGGUCUCUAUCUGCAUUAGAUGCCCGCCCUGGCUCUUUGUCAAAGAGAACUCCGGAUGACCUAGAGGAAGGUGAGAUUGCAAUGUCUGGGGACUCACAUAUGGACCUCCAGCAGUCAGGGAGCUGGAAUCAUGAACGUGAUGACGGUGAGGAUGAACAGGUACUGCAACCAAAAAUAAAACGCAAGCGAAGUAUUCGUCUUCGUCCAAAACCUAAUGCAGAAAAGCAGGAAGAUAGAUCUGGAGAAGGGGUCUUCCCUCAGCAUGCUGCCAGGCAGCAAGAUGCAGUUCAUCCUAUAGUGAAACAGAAGCGCAACAUGCCAUCUAGGAAGGUUUCACCAGCUUCUAGGUCGGGAAAAUUGACUUACUUGUCUGGGUCUGGUGAGGGAUCUGCUGAACGCUCCAAGGAAAAUUGGAACAGUAAGGCCAUUGAUUCCGCCACCCCUGAGUUCCGUGGCACAAAGAUGUCUGACAGUAUGCAAAGAAAGUGCAAAAAUGUGAUAAGCAAGCUUUGGAGGAGGAUUGACAAAGAAGGUCAUCAAAUCAUACCUAAUAUAUCUUCUUGGUGGCGGAGGAAUGAAAAUUCCUCAUUCAGAGGUCUGGCUAGUAGCACCCUGGACCUACAAAAAAUUGAACAGCGAGUUGAUGGAUUCGAGUAUGGUGCUGUAACUGAGUUCAUAGCGGACAUGCAACAGAUGUUGAAAAGUGUGGUUCAGCACUUCAGCUAUAGGCAUGAGAUUCAGACUUCAGCGAAGCUAAGAAUGCGACGUCAUUUUCGAAUCCUGGAGGAGCUGCAAGUGGUGCUGCUGCCCCAUCGUCAAAGCACACCGCAUCAGUCCAUAAGCGCAGAGCCAGUGCCAGUGAAGCAGAGCAGCAUGGCUCGGGACAUAGCAGGCAUAAUCAAUCCAGCGAGGUCCCCAGCCGGCCCCACAGUUCCAGAUCAGAGAGAGACCCCAGACAUUCUGGGUCCGCAGCAGGAACAGCUCCAGGAUGGUGCUGGUUUGUUGCACCCUAGCGAUAUGUUCAUUGUUAAGAAGAAAAGGCAAGAUCGGGCAAGGAGCAGCAUUGGGUCCCCUCUAGUUCAGGCCGAGCUGGACCUCUCUCGCCAGCCAACCCUGGGCGGCCAGGCCCAGUCCCUCACCCAGAGGUGCGAGAACGCCGUUCAAAGGGAUCCACACCCAUCUCAGCAGUCGAUGCAUUCUGCUGGAUGGGGCGCGAUUCGGAUCAAGGAGGAAGUUCGUCUGCACCGGCAUUGGAGACAUCCAGUGGGCAAAGCCUGCCAAGAGACUGAGGACUGA